AUACCUUUCCCAAGCAGGUUUGCCAAGACGAAGAAAGAUAAAUCUGAUCAAGAGAUCUUGGAAAUCUUCAAGAAGGUUCAAGUGAAUAUGCCCCUGAUUGAGUGCAUCAAACAAGUGCCUAAAUACGCCAAGUUCUUGAAGGAGCUAUGCACCACAAGGAGGCAGACAAGAGAGAAAGAGGUGGUGAAAAUGAGCGAGACGGUAUCAGCCGUUAUCCAGAGGAAACUACCCCCAAAGUUAAAGGACCCAGGGAGUUUUUCUGUUCCCUGUAUCAUUGGUGACACCAGGUUUGAAAAUGUGAUGUUAGACUUAGGGGCAUCCAUAAAUGUUAUGCCUUAUAAUUUGUAUGUGUCCCUAGGUCUAGGCCCUCUUAAAAGGGAUAAUGUUGUCAUUCAACUUGCUGAUAGGUCUAACAAAUACCCUCAAGGGUAUGUUGAGGAUGUUCUUGUGCAGGUAAACCAUCUGAUAUUCCCUGCGGAUUUCUACGUAUUGGACAUGGAGGAAUCACCCCUAAAUACCACUCCAUUACUUUUAGGGCGUCCCUUUAUGAGGACUGCAAGAACGAAGAUCGACGUGUACAAAGGGACUCUCACCAUGGAGUUUGAUGGUGAUGUUAUACGCUUCAACAUUCUUGAAGCCAUGAGGUACCCUGUUUCUGACUUGAAACCUUGCUUUGCUAUUGAUGUAGUUGAUUCACUCGCGCAGGUUUUCUCUGAAGUAAUGGUUGAGGAUGAAUUGGCUCUGACCCUAGAGGAGGUUGUCGGAUAUGAUGCAAAUGGGGAACCUAUCCCCAAGGUUGAGUGGGACGUUGAGGAGCCUAGAGUGAUCAAGACUGUGGCCUCACUGGAGGCUCAGCCUAUAAAGAGGUCAAUUUCCUAUUUGUCAAUUCCGGUUUCUACUAAUAAAAUGCUACGCUCUAUUGUUCAGGCACCCAAGUUGGAAUUGAAGGUACUCCCUGAGCAUUUGAAGUACGCGUACCUAGGAGAAAAGGAGACCCUCCCAGUGAUCAUAUCGUCAACGCUGGAGGUAGAGCAAGAAAGGAAGUUGGUGGACGUGUUGAAGAAGCACAAGACUGCCAUUGGUUGGACUCUAGCAGAUAUCAAGGGGAUCAGCCCAACCACGUGUGUCCACCGGAUCCUGUUAGAAGAUGGCGCCAAGCCCACAAGAGAAGCCCAAAGGCGUCUACAUCCGCCCAUGAUGAAGGUGGUCCAAGACGAGGUGAUCAAGUUGCUAGAUUGUGGGGUGAUCUACCCCAUUUCUGAUAGUAAGUGGGUCUCUCCAGUGCAAGUGGUGCCCAAGAAGUCUGGGGUGACAGUGGUACAGAACGAGGAUAAUGAGCUAGUGCCCCAGAGAUUAGUGACUGGUCAUAGGGUAUGU